CUGGGGUAAAUCGGGCGCCAUUUUCUCUUUCUGGCUGUGGAUGAGGAGUGGGCGCAGGCUGGGCGGUGGGUGCCUGGCGCUGCAUUUAGAGGCUGAGCUGCACGCGGCCCCAGCGAUGCCGGUGUCGCCGCCGCCUUCGCGGUGCACGGAGUGAGCGCGGCAGCCAGUAGAAGGAGGGAGUGGUGGUGCCGGUGGCGGUCGUGCUGGUGGUGCUGGUACCGGUCGCGGAGGAGGAGGAGCCGCGAGGCGCCGGGUACGGCGCGGCUGCGGCGACUGUAGUGCGGUCCCGCCAACCGCAGCGUGGGGCCCCGGGCCGGCGGGAGCGGCGGCGAGGCGGCGGCGAGGCGGGCUCCCCCUGCAGGCCGGACGGGUUCUCACCCACGCCACUGGUGGUAUCACAAUGUCUUCCAAACUUCUUGUCAAUAAAAAAGAUUAGAAAACAAGACUAGCAUCUGUCCAAUGGGGCUCCCUCUCCAUUUUUCUUUACACACCUUUCCUUUGUGGGGAGAAGAAGAGGAGAAUAGCAUGAAAAGUGCAAAAUGUUUCAAAUUCCUGUUCAAAAUCUUGAUAAUAUCAGGAAGGCUCGCAAAAGGGUGAAAGGCAUUCUUGUGGAACUUGGGCUCGACAGCUGCAGGGAAUUGUUGAAGAAUCUUAAAAGUUUCGACCCAGGUGAAAAAUACUUCUGCAACACUUCGUGGAGUGAUGUCUCUCCUUGGGAGUCUGUGGGCAAGAGGAAGAGAUACAGAACAAAGCCGUACUGCUGUAGUUUAUGCAAGUUCUCAUCAAAAUUACUUACUUCAUUGAGGAGUCAUUUGCACCGUUACCAUGAAGAUGAAAUGGAUCAAGAGCUUGUAGUACCUUGCCCAAAAUGUGUGUUUGCUUCUGAGCCAAAAGUAGUGGGGAAACAUAUCCGAAUGUUUCAUUCGUCUAACAAGAGAAUACAGAACUAUACAGUUAGCAUCUUGGAUGGCAUGAAACAAUUCAGGAGUGACAUCAUUAACUUUACAUGUCUAAAAUGUAACUUCACCGACACGUUAUAUUAUAACAUGAAGAAGCACGUGCUGAUGAACCAUUUUCAAAACUUAAUAAGUACGUAUUUUGGCCAGAGACCUGAUGAAAGUAAAGAGAAUUCUAUUGAGAACUACUGUAAAAAAUGCAAUGUUUCUGCAAACAGCCAAGAUUCUUUAAUGUAUCACGUCUUGACAGCUGAAACACACAGAGACCUAGAGAACAAGCUUCGGUCGGUAAUUUCAGAGCAUAUUAAGAAACCAGGACUUGUGAAACAAAUGCAGAUUGCUCCAAAGCUUCCCCAAAGUGUACCUGUAGCCGCUCCAUCUUUAGGUCCUCCUGUGGCCCCAGCAGGUUCCAUCUCAGCUCCAGCUUGUAUCCAACUUGCGUUCCCACAGAAUAAUCAAAACCAGACAGUGGUGCAGCCAAUAGGUCAGAAUACAGUCGCAUCACUGACUGUUCCAAGUGCCUCUUGUAGCGUUCCACAUCCAAAUUCUGCUCCAGUUGUUACCCCGUCACAUGUUACCCUGGUAUCCAGUCACCUUCCUGUAGGUCAGAAUAACGUUACUAUUCAGCCGUCUCCUUCUCAGCCUCUCAUUGUUUCUCACAGGCUUCCUCUUAAUCAGGCUGUCACAGCUGGGGCUGUUCCUCUGAACCAUUCUGGUGGGACCCUAAAUAGAACUGUGGCCCCUGCAGUUCUUCCUGUUAAUCAACCAGUCAGGCCUGGACUCUUUCCUGUUAAUCAGUCUGUUGGUACUGUAAAUAGUCCAGUUGCAGCUGCAGCAUUACCUGUUCCUCAGCCUGUCAGCCCUGUCAAUCAGCCAGUUGCACCGGGAGUUCUGUCCGUUAACCAUUCGGCUGAGAGUGUGAGCAGACCCGUCGGUCCCACAGUCCUUCCCGUGGCUCAGACAGUUGCUUCAGGAGUUCUACAGCUUAAUCAGUCUGCUGUGUCUGGAGUUGUUCCUGUCAGACCGCCUGUCAGGCCUGGCUUUCUUCAGCUUAAUCAACCUGUUGCCCCAGCCGUUAUCCCAGUAAAUCAGUCGGUUAGAUCUGCAGUUUCUCAAAACGCGACUUUUUUGGCUGCAGGUUCUAUACUUAGGCAGUUGAUUCCAACUGGGAAGCAGUUCAAUGGAAUACCUACCUACACACUUGCUCCAGUUUCAGUUACUUUGCCUGUACCUCUUGGUGGUGGAGUGACCGUGGGAACUCCACCACAAGUGCCUGUCCAGCUGAUGCAGUCUGGGACAGUAACUCAGUUAUCUCAGUCACCAGCUAGUGCCCCGUCUCCUCCAAUGGUUUUAACAACUCAGAGUAUAUCAUUACAAGCUUCCCCACCUGAUUCUGAAACAAGUGAGACCCUUGGAAAGGCGAAGCAGUGGAAGAUUUGCCCUGUUUGCAAUGAGCUCUUUCCAUCGAACGUCUAUGAGGUGCAUAUGGAGGUGGCCCACAAACAUGGUGAAGUAAAAGUAGAGGAAGCCCAGGAACCUGACAAACUUGCAGCUUGUGCACCCUUUCUGAGGUGGAUGACAGAGAAGACGGUCCGAUGUUUCCCUUGUAAAUGCUUUCUCUGUGAGGAAGAGCUCAUGAAACACCUCCUGAUGCACGGUUUAGCUUGCUUGUUUUGCACAGUUACUUUCCACGACUUAAAAAGCCUUGCGGAACACAAUAAAUCUACGCACAGUGGCAGGAAGCAGUUACAUGCAGAUUACAGCAACAGAGGAUUUCAGUUAGGUAAUGAGGCUCAGGGUGACCUGGUGUUUCCCCACUUUGAUUUCAGUACAGUGUUACCAGAAGAAGACAUUGGUGAAAGAGAAGUACACUUGGCAGUGCUCGCUGGAGUAAAUUCAAGGACGCUCGUCCCCAUUUACAUCAAGGUGAAACCUCAGGCAGCAGAAUUGAACAAUGGAUGCAACAAAGUGUUCACCUGUCCGUUUUGUUUCAGUUUGUUUAUUAGCCAGGAAACCUAUGAAAUGCAUUUGAAAGAGAGGCAUCACGUUAUGCCAACUGUACAUACAAUUUUAAAGUCUCCAGCUUUCAAGUGCAUCCACUGUUGUGGCGUGUACACUGGAAGUAUGACUCUAACAGCUAUUGCUGUGCAUUUGCUCCGUUGUAGAAGUGCUCCCAAAAACAGCAACCCAAGCGUGAAGAUGCAGCUUGAGCGUACUGAGAAGAAAGAGCUGCUGUUAGUGAAUGGUGAAAAGCAUGAUUCUGUCGUUAAGAGAAAGCAGUCUGAUACCUGCUUUGUUACAGAAGACCAAAAGAAUAAGGAACAGCAGCCACUAAGCUUGAGUACGGGACUAGCUCUGUAUCCAGAAGAUGACUUGUAUUCAGGGCUGGUGCCUUUCAAACGACAGAAGGUUGGUAUUAGGACUGAGAUAAAGAAAAUCUCGAGUGAGGAUCUUCGUGUUCUAGCAGUAGAUCCCAGACAGUAUGAUCACAGCUCGUAUGAAACUCAAAAACAGUUUUUGACGGACUAUUUUCAUGUGAGGCCAUAUCCUUCAAAAAAAGAGAUGCAGUUAUUGUCCACACUGCUGUAUGCUUGGAAAAUUGAUGUUGCAUCAUUCUUUGGAAAAAGGAGAAAUGUAUGCUUAAAGGCAAUAAAUAGUCACAAACCAUCCGUGCUGCUGGGUUUCAGUAUGUCAGAACUAAAAAACGUUAAGCACAAAUUGAAUAUAAAAGAUGAAUUGUUAGAUGUUUAAAAAAAGCUUUUUAGAACAUCUAAAAGCAAUCUUACUUAUGAAUUUUGCAAUUUAUUAUGAUUGAGUUUAUCUUGCAGACUGGCCUGUUGGAGGACUGGUAAUAUAAAAACUUUCAGUUGUGACUGUUAUUGUGAAAGGUACACAGUUGUGUAUUUGAAACAGCUCAAACUUUGUGAUUUACACUUCUGGAAUUUGUUUUAGCUUUUUACUUUUUCUAGAGUAGUAAUUUUUUGUUGGUUUUGUUCCCCUUUCCCCCUCCUCCAGGCUCCCAAUAGACUUUUUAUACCAUUAUGUAAAAUGUUUGUGCUGUUAAAUACAAAUUUUAUUUUAUUUUUCUGCAAUGUCAUCAUGUUUUCUAAACAAUAAAAUGUAUAAUGUUGUUUAAAAUACUGAGGUAAACUAGACAUAUUUCAUCUAUUUGAUGGUGUUUUUCAAUCCUCAUAAUUUAAAAAAAAUUUUUUUGGUUGUUUUUCUCUACACUGGAGUCUUUACAUCCAUUGCCCCUACAAAUUCUGAAUGCACUGGUAACAAUAAAGUACCUGAUAGGUGUUUUUUUUCCUCCCAUCAGUCCUAUUACCUGGGCCAGUUAAUUCUGGUGACUGGUAAUGUGUAACUGCUGCUAAUGUGGGGAACUGAAGGGCUGAGAAGGGGUCCUACUGAGGUGCUACUAAAUUGACAUGGUUGUUUAUCAGCUGUGAACUAGAUCUUGCUAACUGGAAGCGUUUACUCUCUUUGCUGGUGUUGAAAGCUGUUUAACUGUCUCUCGUUCAAAGCUUGGUAACAGCAUUUGGUUUCUUUCUCAAAAAGCCAAAUCGAUUUGGUGUGUCACGUUGCUCUGGUAAUGUGGGAUGUCCAACUUCUGUAAGCAUAGCUGACCUAUAGAAGCUCUGUUCAAGUAUCACUGGAGUUUGGUGAAAAGCUUUUAUUUUAAAUUGGUCUUGUAUUUGGUAAUGGAGCAGUGCCUCCUUCUCAGCAAAUUAGAUGUGUCUUUAAGUCCUUGGGGUUAAAAACAGUAUGAGCAGAUUGGGUGAGCUGGAGGCAUCAAGAUCCUAAACUUUGUUACUUGAACAGUGAUCAUUUCUCAUUACAGACAGCAUCAGUGUGGUGUAAAAUAGAGAGAGAUGAUCGUGCUCAGUAUGAACUAGCUUCUCUGCUGCAGAAAGGCCUGUGAGAACAAACUGCAUAGCGAGUUACUGGUGACUGUAUGGAGGCCUUUGGUUCUGUUCCUUCUCUCUGCGUGUGCCUGGUUUCUCUUGACUCAUGAAACUGUUUCCAAAAUUAAAUAAUAGCUAGUUUUGUAACAAUCCAUAUUAUUUAUUGUUCUUCUUUCCCCUCGUAUUUCACUGAACAGCAAAGGGGAGGCUGCCUUUAAAAUUAGUCAGCAUCUGGUCGUGCUGUGCAGUAGUUUUUAAAGCAGAUACAAAAUCAUUUUGGUGAUUUUUCUAAAAGCACCUGACGUCUUAAUAGAGCUGGUGACUGUCCACCUGAAGUUCUGUGAGGUAGGUAAAGUUCUGUUUUGGAUACAGUGUUCAUGUUUACAUGUUGACACCUUCAGCAAAUUUUAAUGUGAUGUGUGGUUACCUAAAUGUAGAGGGUCUGCAUUUGGAAAAGCUUAGUAAUUUGCUACUGAAUAGACUUAGUUCAACAAACAGAAUCACUGUUUAUGGGGUUGCCUGCACCUCCUAUCCUGACCUGUAGGAUGAUAAGUAGCAGUGCAGUUGUGUAGCUUCAUAAUAGCUCAUGGAAAAGUCAGUGUGCAGUUGAGAUUUGGGCACAGCAUAGUUUGUAAACCAGUUUGAAGGACUCUUAAUGAGAAAGAGGGAAGCUCUGUAAAGUCCUGAAGUCUUAGGCAGUCAUUUUCAGUCUUCAGAACUUGGUAUUUUGAGCUGCAUCAUCUUUGAGGAAGUUCUGCUGCUGUCAGUAGCUCUCCAGCAGGAAGGCAUUGUCAGUGUGCAUCUGGGGAAGUGAUAAAUGGCUCAAGAUUGCUCUGUCCAGAGAUGAGCGUUGGUUGGAGUUGAGAGCUGGGGAGCUGUAUCAGAGUUCACCCAUGCGUGGUGCCACAAGGGAGCAGUCCAGUCUUAGCAGGGUUAACCUACUGGGCAUCCAUUGGUGAUAUUAAGGAUUUCAUUAUUGCACUUGGGUUUCAAGUCUUCAAAAAAAAAAACUAAACAACUUCCUAACUUUGUCAUAAGUGUGUGUGCAAAUAAUUGUCAUGCUCCUUCACUUUGUUUUUCAGUGUUCAGGGAACUUGAUACAACAUUCUUUUCAUUGUUAAGAGACACAAAAGCACAGUGGACCUGCAUCAUCUAGAUGCUUUAGGCAGACUUUAAAAUCAAAUAGCACAGUGUAGUAACAUUGUUUAUUAACCACUGACACCUGCUUAUUUUCCAAGAAGUUGAAGUUCUGGUACUAAUUUGCUUUUGCUAAAUGCUCCUAUCCUCAUUCACUGAGGACCACAGAAACAAAGAACAGAUGAAUUUUGAAAUCUGGAGUGACAGAGAAACCAAAGCACCUCUAUCAGUAUGGUUAUGAUUCUCAGAAAAGCCAAGGAACCUGGAGAAAACCCUUCCAAAUCCA